AUGAAUCCCCGUUUACCCGUAACAAACGGCUUGAAUCACCCGAAUAGCUGCCAGCCCGGCAGUAACGUCAGUGAAUCAUUCUCGGCAACAAUCCAACCGGCCGAAUCUGCUGUCCAUAACCCUCGCCUACUCGGGUUCGGCGAACCGAUAGUCCAUCGAUUUGAUUCUCCUAAUCUGGCUUUCGUUACCCACCUAUCCAAUGGGCUAACAAACGGUAAUUCGACCAAUCCUCGAGUACUAUCCGGGGUAAACUCGAAAGUGUGGGUUGGGAACGCUGAAACAUCCGCAACAGUUCGGCCGGCACAAUUUGAUCUGCACCACACAAAAGAGGUACUUCGAAAAACUGCAAACGGACCCAACGAAAAAUUCCACGGUUUGAAUUUGAAUGAACCUGUUAAUGAGCACCAUUCUCCUUGGUCAUUACCAUCGUCAACCGAACCCGGGACUGGUGUAACCCUCCCCGAGGUAAUUCAGACCUGUGUUCAAACCCCACAGUCAUCGAUUCCUCAAGUGAGUCCAACGCCACUCAAUCAACCCACUCCAUACCAUACCUCCCUCAAACUGCCAAGAUUUCCAAUGUUUCCGGUGGAUAACCGACCCGUUCCUCUUGGACUACCCACAGCAUUUGAUAACUUAUUUCCUCGAAACAUACCAUCGUAUCUCGGCCAACCUCAGUUCGCGGACCAAUUCCGACCCGACUGGCAACAGUCAGAUUUUCCCAGCAUGCCUGCAGCGCAACGUGUAUUUUCGGGAACGGAGGUCUGUAAUGCAAGUCCAGCCCGAUCCAAUGCUCUGGCAGCCCUAUUCUCCCACCCAGCUUCUGAAGCUGUGCAAACUCAGGCUUCCACUGAGUGUUAUUCCACAGCCCAUAAUUUUCAGAUGCCUUUUGGACCCUCGUUAACUCCCAGUGAUUCACAACACAAAAUGAACGCCACAUUCAGUUCAAACCAAGGUUUUUCGCAAGUCGAACGGAUGGAUCCUUUGUCCAUUGGACUAGCCCAAUCUCGUAACGUUAAGGCCAUAGAUACAGACGCGGACUCUACAAAUGCAUUACCCUGUCAGCCAGAUGGGACAACAGGUGGUAAUCUGCCUCAAAAUCCUUUGUUCUCUGAGUCUGGUUACAGGAUGACCCAAAACUACCCCUAUGAUACCAAACCGUUCCAAUCUUUUCUGGCCAACUGUCCCCAAGUUGGGUUUUUCACCCCAUCCUCGCGGUAUGCACCUUUGAGGCCUCCCGUUCCUGGGUUACGACAGCCAAACCCAACAAUACCUUGUGGCUUUCCGGCGAGUCCGUUUUUGGAUUUGCGAACAGACACAAAGCUGGCUGAGCGCCACUUCAACUCCAGCCUGGACAGCACACAGUCUGACCAGACGAGAAUAUCAAACUCGCCCCAAACUGUCCAGUCAACCCCGUCAUCAAAUGCCGCGGUUGCAGUAGCUGCUAUUGCAGCGGCUGCUGCUGCAAGUGGUUACAUGGCAUCUAGUGGAGGAGUUGGUGGUGGAAUUUGUGGUGACUCCGAUUUCGGUAUGCUCGGAUUGCACACUAACAACACAGCAAGCAUAGACAGUCAAAAUGCAGACCGUUCUCCUUCUGGCUCGAACACCGACUUGCGAGAUUCUUCAGGGACAGUUAAUCUGAGCUCAAAAUCCUCCUCACUCUCGCCGACACAAAUAUGGCCCUGGAUGACGGUUGUGGGUGAGUCACUUUGA